AAAAAGAGAGGAAGAAAGUUCCAGAGAAAUGGCUUCGAAUGCAGCAGUGCCCUUUUGGAGAGCAGCGGGGAUGACAUACAUCACCUACUCUAACAUUUGCGCCAAUCUGGUCAGGAACUGUCUCAAGGAUCCUUACAAAACCGAAGUUCUCAGCCGCGAGAAGGUUCAUUUUUCCAUUUCCAAGUGGGCGGACGGCAAGCCCCAAAAGCCCAUUGUUCGAUCGGAUAAUCCUGAAGCGUGAAGGUAGGGAGUGGAUCUCUUGAAGGUGCUUUUUUUUUUUUUUUUGUGUUGGAAAUAUUAUGAACAUUGGUGGUAGGGUUGUUGGAAUGAAACCUUAAAUGGAGAUGGAUUUUGAUGAAUCUCUGGAAUUUCCAAAGGGUUUGCAAAAUGUAAUAAAUAAAUGAGAUGAACUAUGAAGGAAAAGGUGGAUACUUUUUAUUUUAUUA